UUAGGUAUCAAGGCUAUUUCAACUUUCUGCCUUAAUAAUCUGACACCACAUUCGACGACGUUGUUCAUGAGAAUACGCUCCAUUUAUAUGAUCGUGAUUCCCUAACAUAUUGAAACAAAAUGGCCACGACCACGAUUUCACCACCUCCCCUCCAUGGGUCAUAGAUCUCAAUACUCCACCUAUAUUGAAACCAAAAUCCGCAGGUAUUCCAGAUCCGCCAGGAUAUACAGCAUCCCCAUCUUCAAGCCGAGUAUGCUAUUUCCCCCUGUUUACCUAUUGACAAUCUGCUAAAAUUCGUGUUUCUUUAGAAACAAACCACCAAAGCUCCACGACAAGCUCCCACUCCCGCUGAAAUGGACACUCUUAAGCUCAAGAAGGCAUGGGAAGUGGCUCUUGCACCUGUCAAACAACUUCCAAUGACUGCGAUCAUGAUGUAUAUGUCCGGAAAUUCUCUUCAAAUAUUCUCCAUUAUGAUGGUUGUUAUGGCGUUCAAAAAUCCUUUGAUGGGACUAAUGGCAACGAAUCAAGCAUUUGAACGUUUUGAGAGUGAAGGAACAAGAGGGAAAUUGGGUGUGGUAAAACUAGCAUAUGUUGCGUGUCAAGUGAUAGCUUUGGCUUUAGGAAUAUGGAAGAUCAAUGGGAUGGGUUUAUUGCCGUAAGUUGCUUGCCUGAUGGACUCGGAGGUCAAAUGCUAAUAGCUCUACAGGACUACAAGAUCGGAUUGGUUGGCAUGGGAAACAGCAAGAGAUCCUCUAGAGCGAGCUAUACCCGCGUUUUGAGGUAUUUGAUUUGCAACAAAUGUGCACUCUUUCUGUGGUGUGAGGAUAUCAUACCACUGUUAAGAAAUCAUAGCCCGGACGUGUAUAUCGUACGAUUCGAUGUAAUUCAAAGGUAUCAUUCAUGAUUAUUCGAAUAAUGAUACAAUUUUAUCAAACCACAGCAAAGAGACCACCCUCACGGUGUAUGCGCAAAGGGGAAAGGUUGAAGAUCUAGCAAUGUUUAAAGAUUGAAUAAUAUAUAUAGCACAGGUU